AUGUAUUUUGGAUCCUACAUAACACCGUAUUUGCACUGGCUCAACAACCGUGUUCAAGUCGAUGUAAAACUCGAUGAUGCUAAGGUAAGAUGGUCGAGAUUUCGAAAAAAAAAUAUCUGUAUUACGACCUCUGGAGCUUAUUUCAUCUAUUUGGCCGGUUUGCACUUGAUUUUAUCCUGUACUUUGCAAAAUUUUAUAUAAUCCAUGUUAUUUUAGGUAUCAAAUUUUUCAAAUUUCUGUAUUCUCAAAUGCUUUAUUGUUUCAAAUCCUUGAUUCUGUCUUAUACUUCUAAAAUACAACAAUUUUAACUCGAAAGACUUACUAAAUCCAGGGAAAUCCCUUGUUUUCCCACCUCUUUGCCUAGUAUAACAUCCUGGCUCAUUUCCAAAGGAAUCGGCUCAGCUGGUCGUGAAAAAUGAUUAGAAAAGCCGAUUGGACACUAAGCGUAUUGGCUGGAGGAGUACUUUGAUCUACAAGAGAGAACGUUUCCAAAAGUUCGUCCACUGCAAAAGAUUUUUGGAAAUUUCCAGAAAACACGUCAUCGGGACUGCUAAAUUUAGGGCAAGACUUUGUUGGAAGUGUUGCAAAUACAUGUUUACGAUCUAUACGGUCUAGUUUUGACAUUCCAUUACAUUGUCAACUUCUAGAUAGUCAAAUUUUACUAGUCGUGCUGACGGAUUUUCUGGAAAUCCGAAAAACCCGUCAGUGGCUCUUAUUUUUUGUCGCAAAACGAGAAAAAAUUGUUUCAUGAGCUUGCUCACGAGGUGGCUCUCGAGCUAAAAAGCUUGUUUUUAUAUUGAUUUUGGCUUUGUUCCGUCCAAAAAUAUUUUUUAUUCAACAAUUAUAUUAUUCAUCAGAUAUAAGAUCAAAUUCUAAUGUGAAAAAGGACUCCAAACAUUGUUAUCAGCGUAGUAAAUGGAGGUAAGGUGGUGGAGAAAAAGAUUUUUAAAGUUUAAAGAACGCACGUUUGCAUUGUCUCCCUUUUUCGUCUUUUUCUUCGAUAUUAUACUAGGUGGUCAAAAAAUUGGUCUGAUGAAUGAUAAUAUGUGGCAAAUUUUUAAGUUUAAUGCUUUCAGGAUUACACAUUCGCCUCUUCAACGGAUGCACACUACGUUUUGUACUAUUUUUUGUACGCCACUGGCUUGAGCUACGACAAAUUGAUCAAGGAGUUGAGGGGAAAUUUUUACAACUCCAGAGUUAUGAAUGCGAUCCGAAAUGAUCGAGGAGAAGCCAUCCGAAUCCGACCACCAUUCCAUACGGAAGCCGAGGAGGUUGCGUUGGAUAAGUGCUUCGAAUUUAUCACAAACAGAAAAGCUUCUGUGGGACAUGAAAGGCAUCGAAUGAUUGUUAGAUUCUUCAACACGACCAACAGAAAACUGGAUAUGAUCUGGGUUAGAGAUAGAGUAAGUCCUUUUUGCCCUUUUUGUUUUGGAUUUUAGAGGAUUUGAGAAGAUAUGGGAAAUAUUAUAUUGCACAUGAGGUGUUAAGUGUAAUAUCGAGAUUUCUAUAUGUGACAUCGUCUAAGUUGGUAGAAAAGAUGUCUCAAAAGAUAGCUGACGCUCAUCAUCUUGUUUUGGAUAUUCUUUGAAACUAAUUUCUUGUUGUUAAAAUACGAAAUCCAUCAAUUUCUUCAAAGGCUUCUAGGUCAUGGAGAAUAUCGAAAAUUCUUAUUGUUUUUUGAAUCCUUUGUAUGAUAUUUUGAUAGUAUAAUUCCUUCAGGAUAUGGACGACUCGUACUACAUGUCACUGGCACCAAAAGGCUAUACAGACAUGCAAACCUUUGAAGGACAUUGCUGGGUGUUCCGAGAUUCAGAAGAUGGAGAAAUUUAUAGUUUCCGCGGCACAGACGACAUGGUCUUCUACCCCCUUCAUGGUACUGUCGUUGGCCAUCACGAGACACACAAUGCUGCUCCAUUGCCGAUUGCAGUGGCAUUCGUCAAGGAUCAAGUGAAAUCGCUGAAAAAGCUGUGCCUAAAAAGCAUUUCGCAGCAUUUUACGCCGGAUCAGGUGCUCAGCAAACCAAUUCCUUUUGGUCUAAUGGUAAGUGGACUUUAUUCUUGUUUGUCAAUUGAAUUUUAGGCAGAUAUGUUGGAAUAUCAAUUUGAUUUAUGACCUUAUUUUAGUCCGACCUACUUCAACAAUUCAUUAAUCGCAUAUCCUACAAAAACAGUAUCAAAACCGAUAAAACCUUUGAGAAACCGGAGCAAAAUGAAGCCAAGUUGGUUGUGGAUCAGCUGACUGAGACGCUGAAAGAGCUGAUGAAACAGGAAUUGCAUUUGGAUCUGGCCAAGUUCCGAAAACGAAAAAUUAAUAUUGAUGAAGAAGUCGAGGCCAUCGCACUGGACGAUACCAAAAAGUAAGAGCGUUUUGACUUUGUUUUGAGUUUUUAGAUAAUAACUGGAAAUUUGGAAGGAAAAAAUGUCAAAUAUUGAGAGGAUCAAUAUUGGCUUAUAUUAUCCAUGACCGAAAAGUGAAUUUAUCAGUAUCGUAAGAGGAAUAUGGAAGAGUAAUGUCCAUUAAUAGACGUGACAGGGCCUGUAGUAUAAUUUGGAAAAGAUUUAGUCGUUUUGUUUUGCUGGAAUUCACGAUAUAAGCUUAUAUUAUCCAUGAGAGAUUAGGUAUUUUUACGAUUUUUUUUGCGUAUAGGCUUGGAGUUUUUGCUCUCGAUGGGAUUAUUUUGACCUAUAAAGGUCUUUCAAUAAUUUAUCGACUACUUUUUCUUCGAAAUUUUUGAAGAUAUCAGCUGAUAUUAUCCAUGACCAAAAAAGUAAAAAAUCGGAAACUUCUGACACAGAAAGUACAUUUCAAGAUAGCCGGUGUUUUAGAAACAUGCAACCACUCCAAUUUCUGUAGUAAAAGUACUAUUGUACCUUAUAGUUAUUAAAUUAUCAGAAGUUUUUUUGGACUUUGCUCCAAAAUCACAUUUCGCCGCGAAAAUGACGCAACGACCGAGUUUUUGCAACAGAAUUUGUUCGAGUGAGAGUCCACAUGAUCGCUCACAUGAUUUGCAGACAACCUUUGGAAUCUUGAUCCGUUUUACGUUGCACUUUUCCGCCGAAAAGUGCAACUAUAAUGGAGGCGGCUAGAUGAGGAAGUCUGGAGGUUGUUAAGUGCGUCUGGACGAGUUUUUGUUGCGUCUGGACGAAUAUUUAUUUUAGGUUGGACGCAAUGAACUUUGCGAGGAAAAAAAAAAUCAGGGAGAAAAUUGGAAAACGCUGAAAAAAAGAUUUUUUUUGAAAAAAUUACUAGUUUAUUGGUAAAAAAUCAGAGUUCUGGUAGUUGUAGAAUACGGAGGAUGUUUUGUAGAUAAUAUUAGAGCUUGAUCUGUCAAAAGAAAAUUAGUUUUUAUAUGUUUGCGGACCAAAAUUAUGUUGUAGUAGGUGUAAUAUUACCUUUAUGAAAAAUUAAUGAAGUUUUUGGGUAAAAACUAAAAAUCUUUUUGAGUGGAAGUACAAAGAGUUGGUUUUGACGCAUAUUAAACAUAAAUUUAUUGAAAGAAACCGCUUUUUGGCCAUUUUAUGACCAAAAUUAUGUUGUAGUAGGAGUAAUAUGAUUUUUGUCGAAAUUUAAUCUUGUUAAUAGAAAUGGAGGAUCGUAAAAUACGUAAAAAUUAAUGAAUGUCUUUUUACAUCAACAUUUCUUGAUUAAAACAAGGGCUUGUUUGUUUUAUGAGCAAUAUUAUAUUGUAGUAGACACUAGAGAUUUUUUGUAGAAAAAACUGUUCGAUUUGAGGAAAAUAGGAUUUUUGGUGAUUGUAAAAUACGAUGGGCCCUUUUUUCGAAACCUUUACGACUUUAAUUGGCUAAAAACCCCGAUUUUUACUCAUUGUUUGACUAAAUUUAUAUUGUACUAGGUAUCAAAGUCAAAAAAUGAUGUAAUAUUUGUUAUUAUGACGUAGUAAAGACCUUGUGGACUUUGCAACCUCCGCCGCCUGUCUAGACAUGGCUGGGGGGCCGGGCCGGGCCGAAAAUCGCGGCCCGGCCCGGGGGCCGGAAGAGGUCGGCCCGGCCCCGGCCCCCUUCAAAUUUUCUCGGCCCGGCCCGGCCCGGCCCGGCCCCCAGGGGGCCGGGCCGGGCCGGGGGCCGACAGGGGGCCGAACUGUAAAUAUAAAUACUGCAUUCAUUGCGAGAUAUAACACAUUUUUUUGGGGCUUUGGUAGUUCAGCUCCCCGCGAAAGGUAGUUCAAACCCCACUGUUUUGCCCAUUUCACACCCACCGUAAUUAAAGAAUUAGAAUUAUACAAAAAAUGCAAAUUAGAGUAAAAUGACCCCAGGCGUUUUAGUUCAAAGCCCCAGUUACCGUCCAAAUUCGUAUUUGUGGUUCAGGCAACGAUGAUCGUAGCCGAGAGAACCCAAUCCCGAGUAGGCGCUUCAGAUUGGAUGAGGGGGUUUAUACUGGGUCCAAGGGGGCUGAACUGGGCUAUCGAGUUGUACUACCUUAGCCCCCAUUUUUUUGUUAUAACAAGCGACAAUAAAUUUUUGAAACAAAAAAUUACCAACCAUUGCCUAAAGUACUUCAAAAAACCCAAUCGGUUCUUGGCUCUGCGUUUUAUUUUUAUUGGCAACCCUAAUUUUCGCUUUGAUACUGAGAAUUUUAGUCAUUGGGGGCCGAUUGGGGGCCUGGCGGGGGCCCCCGGUCGGCCCGGCCCGGGGGCCGGAAGAGGUCGGCCCGGCCCCGGGGCCUUUAAAACUCGUUCGGCCCGGCCCACUAGCCAUGUCUACGCCUGUCACGGCCCGUCAUUUUGUACUUUUCGACCAAUUCUAUUUUCGGGUUUGUGUCUAAAUUCAAAUCCAAAGAUCACCCACCAGCCCCCUCCAGAAAUUGAAACAAGAGCGGCUCGAAAAACAAAUCAGAACGAAGUCCACGAAGUGGUCGGGUAAAUAUUUGUGUGUUCAAAGCUCAGUGGUGCUUGAUUUGUAACGAAAGAAGGUAGUGGCAGUCAAAAAAAGUUGCUAAAAAUACUGUUUACAAGUGGCUGAUCAUAUUAUGAAAGUAUUGAGGAGAAACAUGGGAGAUUAGAGAUGAAAAUGAGGGAUAAUACGAAAACUUUUAAAAUUUUGCCUAGUGUGAUAUGAAAUUUUUUUAUUUUGUUGCCUAAUGUAAUAUAAAUAGUAUGAAAAUGGGUUAUAUGUUUAAUAUGAGAGAUUAAAAGCGGAAAAAAUCAAAGACAAAUAUAUAUCAAAAUUUUUUUUUUGAAAUUUGAGUCAAGUACAAUAUAAAAAUUUUUCGAUUUUAAUGUCUAAAACAAUAUAAUUAAUAUAAACAUGAGUGCUAAAUACAAUGUUGGCUCUUGCAGAACACGUCCAGCCCGAGAAACCUCCGAAAAUCAGUGA